AUGAGCUGCUUCAAUGGGCAAAUGAAAGAAUAUACUCGCAUAGCUAUUGACAGAUUUGAUGGAAAGAAUCUUCGGUGUACAGCAUUCUUCUUGUCUCAUUGUCACAAAGAUCAUAUGGCUGGAUUAAACAGUUCAUCUUUUGCAGAAAGUCUGCACACAAGGAAUGGGAUUUUCUUAUAUUGUUCAGAAAUAACCCGUUUGCUACUUCUUGCAGAGGAAGAGUACCGUUAUCUGCAAAAAUAUAUAAGGGUUCUGAAAGUUGGAGUGCCUCAUCCAGUCAGUAUUCCAGGGACCAGCACGUCUGAGACAGAAUACUAUGUGAAUGUGAUACUGAUUUCUGCAGGACAUUGUCCUGGAUCCGUCAUGUUUCUUUUUGAGGGCCAUGAAGGGCGAUGUUUGUAUACAGGUGAUUUUCGUUGGGAGAUCAACCAUGUUGCAGGAGUAGCUGCAUUCAAGGAAGAAAAUAGGUUAAAGCAAAUAAAGAGCAUUUACGUGGACACUACAUUUUGCAUACCAGAAGCAUUUCAUAUUCCCAGUCGUAGUGAGUGCAUUGAUGCUGCUGCGACUUUGAUAGCUGACUGGUUGCAGCGUUCCACUUUGAAUGUUGUGUACAUGUCUUGUCCUGCUCGAUUUGGCUAUGAACAUUUACUGAUGAAAUUGUCUGCAAAACUGAAUAUAAAGAUUCAUGUACCAGAAUGGAAAACUUGGAUCUAUGACCAGAUACCGAAAUUGCAAAAUGUUUUUACCUCUGACCCAACUGAAACACGCCUUCAUGCAUGUUCAGCUAAGGGAAGUCUGCCAUGUCGCAGAAGUUCAGAUAGUGAACCUGUCAGUAUUUUGAACUUGAGACCCUCAGCAAUGUGGUUUACUUCAGAUCAAUCUACAGCUAAAGACCUUGUAGUGCCACCUGCAUACCCAACGGGCCUUUACCGUAUGUGUUACUCACUGCAUUCUUCAUACAGUGAGAUCCGUGACCUUGUGAGCUUUUUACAACCGGAGAAUGUAUUCCCAAAUGUGCAGCCUAAGGACGAUGACAGCAUGGAAAUUGUACAGGCGAGACUUCAUAGUUUUCAGAAGCGUAUCCACAGUGCCAGAGACCACACGUCUGUAGAGUUGAAACCUUUCCAACCUCUAGGAACUCUCAGAAAGAUUGUCCCUGUACACACUAGCAUGCAGAAACCACAGAACAAACCAGAAAGUUUAGAUGACCUGGUGUUCAGCAGCCAAGAGGCAGACUCAAAGAAAGCAUUACCAAGAAACAUCCUUGCCAGAAGUCCACAGUUGUCUUCAUCAUCAUCUGGUGCUGCAGCUGGAAGGUUGGAAGAAAGUAAAAAUAUGUCUCUCGCAGCAUUUGAAGGUUCUUCUUAUGUGUGGAGCAGUCUUGCAUAUAGUUCUGAUUCCUCAUACAGGGGCUUAGCUGUCAGUGAGGAAGAACUGUCAUCUUCAGAUAGCGAUGACAGAUGCAGAAAGGCUGUUCAACAUAUGUCAAAGGAUGGUUCUGAGAAUAAUGAUGAUGAUUGUUAUACAUCUAAAAAUUUCCCUAAUUAUGAAUGUGAAGUAAUUCCUAUUGGUGAUCAUUCAGCCUCUGCCACCCAUGAGGCAGAUAUAGAUGCUGCAGAUAGCAGUCAGUGUGCAGGUAGUCAGUCAACACAAAUGUCAUUAAUUAGGCAGCAGAAACUCAGAAAAGCUAGUGCCAUUGAUGGUGCUGAUGAGUGUGAACUAAGCUUUGGGUCUCAUAACAAACAAGAAAACAAUGCUCAAGAAAGAGCUGUGACAAACAUCCCCAGGAGCAGUGGUGAAAGUAUUUCUGUCAGACCCUCAUCGUACAAUGAGGUUGAUGGUAUCGCCAAGAAUAAUUCAGCAGUUGUUGAUUCUGCAGGUAAUAGUUUUAAAGAUGAUGGUGACGUAGUUUAUAGUUCUCAGGUGACCUCUAUAAAAGAAUUAAAUCAGAACUGUGUGCCAGCAGCAGCUGUUGAUCAUAUGUCUGCAACAUCUGACCAGAGGGAGGAAGAUUGUGGAGCAUCUGUUGAUCAUUUGUCUGCAACAUCAGACCAGAGGGAGGAAGAUUGUGGAGCAUCUGUUGAUCAUUUGUCUGCAACAUCAGACCAGAGGGAGGAAGAUUGUGGAGCGUCUGUUGAUCAUUUGUCUGCAACAUCAGACCAGAGGGAGGAAGAUUGUGGAGCAGCUACUACAGAGAACAUUAGUGACGAUGAUACUUCCCAGAAUCCAGAAGUAGUGUCAGUUUUAUCUUCUUCUGAUGAUUCACUGAAUACACUUGAACAUGAAUCCCAGACACUGUGGUCUGUGAGUUAUAGUUUAGAUAACUUUGUGCAGAAUGAUUGCAAUUCUGGCGAGGUAACUGGCAAAGAAAUAUCCCUCAGCAAUUUGAUUCCUUCCAUACAUGCAAGAAAAGAAUCAACCCCUACUGGUUUGGUUGAGCAUGGAGCCACCGAGAUGGCUGCUGCAUCAGAGGACAGAGCCUAUAUGGGUGGGACCGAUGUGCUAGGAUGUCAAUACAGACAAGAAGUAACAAGUAACACGUAUGCAGAAAAAGAGAACUCAUCUCGGAAGCAAAUAAAAGAAACUACAGCGCAUACAACAGCACGACAACUGUCUCCAAGUUGUAAUCAAGAAAAUAUGCAGAUCACAGUGAACGGAAAUUCCAGGCAGCUGAACAGAUAUCCAGCUUUAAAAAGAAAACAUGUAUCAGACAGCAUAAUCAAAGAAAGGGGGGUUGAAGACAUUAAAAGGGUCACAUGUCUUACAAAAGAUGAUUCAGCUACAGAAAUUAAAAAUACAUGUAAUUUCAUCAGUCAAAGAGCAACAGAUCUUGAGUGCUCAUUUUCUAGAUUAAAGAAAUCAACAGACGACUGUAAAGUCAUCCAUAGUGUAUCUAAAGUUGAGACUGCCCACCCAGUAACAUUUAAAUGCAGAAAGGGCUAUGUGCGGAACUCUAAUGAUUGUCACCAUCCUUCGGCUAGAGAAUCUGUGCACAGUAUAGAGAUAGAUGAGAAAUCUGAUUGGAUAGACUUAACAAUGGAAAUACCAGAGGAUGUAAUUGAUUUAACCAUAGACGAUUCUGUAUAG